AUGAUCCGCUCCAUUUGUUUCCAACGUGCUGUGCACUCAAUUGCUCGUUCAUUCUCACAAACUACCAGUCCAAAUCGCAUUCUUGUGACUGGUGGAACGGGUCAAAUAGGCAUGGAACUUGUGCCGUAUAUGCGUCAAGUCUUUAGCAAUGAUGUGAUUAUUAAUUCAGACAUUAAAACACCUCAUGGAGCUCGUGAUUGUAAUUUUGUCUACUGUGAUGUACAAGAUCGCGACUCGAUGGCACGUAUUGUGACAGAACAGGGCGUUGACAUGAUUGUUCAUAUGGCGUCAUUAUUAUCAGCAGUAGGUGAGGCCAAUCCGGCGCUGGCCUUAUCCGUGAAUACACGUGGUAUUCAGAAUGUAUUAGAACUGGCCAAGCAAUAUCAAUUGCGUGUACUUGCUCCGUCGACAAUUGCUGUCUUUGGACCAUCGACACCUCAAGACGAGACGCCUGAUACGACCAUUAUGCGACCUACAACCAUGUAUGGGUUAACAAAGGUGCAUGUUGAACUCUUGGGAGAGUAUUACUACCACAAAUAUGGCGUUGACUUUCGUUCCGUGCGGUAUCCGGGUAUUAUUUCAUCGGAAGCGCUUCCUGGCGGUGGCACAACCGAUUACGCUGUUGAGAUCUUUUACGAUGCCUUGAAGCAUGGCAAGUAUACAUGCUUUCUUGAACCAAACGCUAAGCUUCCCAUGAUGUACAUGCCCGAUUGCCUUAAAGCUACAUUAGGACUCAUUAACGCACCAAAUGACUGUCUUACGCAACGGACAUACAAUAUCACGGCAGUCUCAUUCACCCCCGAGGAGAUUGCUGCGUCAAUUAAAAAGGUUUUGCCGAGCUUUAAGUGUGACUACAAACCAGACUUUCGCCAGCAGAUUGCUCAGACGUGGCCACGAUCGCUAGAUGACAGCAUUGCUCGAAGAGACUGGAAUUGGCAGCAUGACUUUGAUCUUGAUAGUAUGGUCGAGGAUAUGCUCGUAAAGCUUGACGCAAGGCUCGCGAAAUCGGAAGUUUUGGUUGAGGAGACUGCGUGA